GUAAUAUAUUAUCCACUUACAUCAAAGAAGGAAGCAAUAUGAGCUCCUCUAUUUUAGUGUUUACUAUCUUUUUAUUGAUCUUUGGACAAUUUGAAGUAUUAUCGGAAGCGUCCGUCAUGAUAGAAUAUUCAAAGGAGCAACUGUUUCUCCUCAAACGUCGUGGCCUCAGCGUUCCUGAUAAUCUUCCGGAAGUUCCAGGAGCACCUUUUUUGUUCUCUGCACCCGAUAAAACAAGUCUGACAGAAAAACUGACGCUUAUACUGUUUUCAAAAAACAUGAAUCGAAUCUUGAAAGAACAUAACGCUACUUGUCCUGGCCACACCAUGAUGCAAAAUAUCUCCCAGCGAGCGGCAGAGGCACAAAGCUUGCCAUUCUUUGAUGACCAUGUCAUGCAAGAACUUACAAUAAUAGAAACCUUACCUUUUAGUCCAGAAUGGGUUUUGUCAAAUAUACUUGGUUUGACCGAAAUGAUUUACAACCUGAAGUGCGAAAUGCGUGGAGAAGAUGAAGCAAUUUUUUGCCUUCAGAACUGACUUGAUGACAAGUUGCGAAUGAUGACUAAAAUCCAAUAAUGUAAGGAUCUAGUUUCCUGGCAUGCUUCGUUAUCUUUCAUGACUAAUGAUCAAGCCGAUAUUCUAAGUAGUUUUUUUGUGUGUAUGCACUUUAUUUUAAUAUAUUACUCUUUUUACAUUUCUACCUAUUUACUGACAGAUUUUUAUAGCAUAGUACAAAUAUAUAACCUUGCUUUGCCAUUGUGUUUGCUUUUUCUGAAAUAUAUUAGAAUGUUGGUAUAUAAUGAGAAAGGUGAAUGUGAAAACCCAACAUAAAAAAA